GCAGCGGAUAUGAAGGCUAUCGUAAUAUUCUUUGGAGGUCUUUGCUUCUGCUUUGCUGCACCAAUUGAGGAGCAGCAGUAUGGAGACGCAGAAUCAGACAGCAAUGAAGGGGGCCUGAGGACUUUGCUGAACGAAGUGAAACAGACGCUCUCCAAUAUCAACACACACGCGCAGCCGGAGCCACCACAACAACCCACACUGGUAGCUCCACAAAAGGAGGAGCAGGAGCAGAGCCCUCUGUCCCCCAGCAUCAGCGCCUCCCUCCCGCCUCCACCACCUCCUCAGCCUGCUUCACCUCCUGUACCUGCUCCACCUCCUGCACCUUCUGUCAUUACAGUUUCUGCUGCAGAGCCCAGCCCAGACGCAGGUGCUGCUGCCGCCCCAUCCCACACCCCCCAGAUCCACCUGGUCAUCUCUACGCAGCCCCAGCAGCCCGAGGUUGUGAACCCCCUGCCCCAGGACCCCGCAGCCGCAGCCGGCGCCAACCCGCAGCUCAUCCCGCCCUGUACGGUGCAGCCGGGUGCACAGCUGGCCGCGCCGUGCUACCUGACCUACACCACCGGUGGACUCCCGCAGCCAGGAGUGUCACCUUUCCUCCCCUACGGCCCUCCACCUGUCGCCCCCCACCUGGGGCCCCUCCCCUACCCUGCCAUCGGGCACCACCCUGGCCUUCCUCCUUCCUUUAACUCACUGUUGAAUCCCCAUGCUGGACCAUACCCCCAUGCCGUCUCUCCCCUUAACCCAAUGCUGAACCCCCACACUGGGCUGCCGCAUGGCGCUGUGCCCCUCAGCCCACUGCUGAACCCCCACACUGGGCUGCCUCAAGGUGCCAUCCCUCCCCUUAACCCACUGCUGAACCCCCACACUGGGCUGCAGCAUGGUGCCAUGCCCCUCAGCCCACUGCUGAAUCCCCAUGCUGGACCAUACCCCCCUGCCGUCUCUCCCCUUAACCCACUGCUGAACCCCCAUGCCGGGCUUCCUCAAGGUGCUGUGCCCCUCAGCUCAUUGUUGGACCCCCACACUGGGCUGCCUCCAGUCCGUCCCCCCACGGGGUCUUGA